CAUGGAGUUUGCUUCUUCAGUUGUUGGGAGCAUUACCGGGAGCAUUACCGACUGCUUGUUCGGCGCAGCAGGCCGUCACCUCGGUUACUUGUUUCACUACAACGACAACAUUGGAACGUUGGAAAACCAAGCUAAGAAACUUGCAGGUAUCAGAGAGAGGGUACAGGGAUAUAUUGAUGCUGCUGCAAGGAAUCUUGAAAUUAUUGAAACUGAUGUGCAGAACUGGAUGACAGAAGUUGAUAAAAUCUCUGCAGAAGCUGCAAAGUUUUUGGAAGAUGAAGUCAAUGCAAACAAGAGGUGUCUCAACGGGUGGUGUAUUAAUCCCAGAUCCCGUUACAGAUUCAGUAAGGAGGCGAAAGACAAGAAUGUUGCGAUUUCUCAGCUCCUAGAAGAUUGGAAAGUUGAGAAGAAGGUAUCUCGUCCUGCUCCUCCUCCAGGAAUUAUUUAUCCAUCUGAGGUAUUUUCUGGAACUUUCGAAUCCAGAAAAUCAAUUAUGAAGCAAAUCUUGGAGGCCUUGGGAGAUGACAACGUCAGUAUCGUUGGAGUGUGUGGAAUGGGCGGUGUGGGUAAGACCACGUUAGUGACAGAAAUCGUCAAACAGGCAGGUGAAGAUAAGCGAUAUGGUGUUGUAGUGAUGACAACUGUGUCUCAAACCGUAAAUAUUAUGAAUAUUCAGGGGGAAAUUGCUCGGAUGCUGGGUUUGAAAGAUCUGCCGGACGAUAGCGAGACAGCUAGAGCAAGAUCCCUUUGGGAAAGAAUCAAGAAGGAAGAAAAGAUGCUUGUAAUAUUAGACGAUGUUUGGAGAAGAAUUGAGCUGUAUGAGAUUGGAAUUCCUUUUGGAAAUGACCAUAGAGGUUGCAAGAUUGUGCUCACCUCUCGAAGCAGAGAUGUAUGCGACGAAAUGGAUGCUCAACCGAUAUUUACGGUUGCAACGUUAUCAAAAGAAGAAUCUUGGGUCCUUUUUAAGGAGAAAGCUGGAGCAUGUGUUGACAACAGUGAUUUAAACCCAAUUGCCAGACAAAUAGCUGCUGAAUGUGGUGGUUUGCCGAUUGCAGUUGUUACCAUAGCAACAACAUUGAAGAACAAAAACAAGUAUGUCUGGAUUGACGCGGCACGACAACUCAAAACGUCUACCCCAACAGACAUCCGAGGCUUGCAAGGAAGUGUGAUUUCAUCUUUGGAGUUGAGCAUCAAAUAUCUAGAGAGUGAAGAUGCGAAAUCAUUGUUCUUCUUUUGUAGCUUAUUUCCAGAGGAUUUCGAAAUCUCAAUUACAAUUUUAGCGAGAUAUGGAGCUGGAUUGGGGUGGUUCAAAAAUGUUGACACAAUGGAGCAUGUUAGAGACAGAGCAAGUGCUAUUGUAAGUUCCCUUGUCUCUUCUUUUCUCUUGAUUCAUGAAGAAAAUGACGACGAUGAUGAAGAUUAUGAUGUGUAUGUUAAAAUGCAUGAUGUUGUACGUGAUGUUGCACAUAUAAUAGCACCUAAGUACAACCAAAUACUCUUGGUGAAAGCUGGCAUUGGUUUGGAAGAAUGGCCGGAAAGAGAUACAUUUGAAAGUCUCACAUGUAUCUCAUUGAUGUCAAAUAAUAUUAAAGCGGUACCUGAUGGGAUGGAAUGUCCAAAGUUGCAGUCUUUACUAUUGCAAAAGAAUCAUGAAUUGGUUCUCCCUAACAAUUUCUUUCAAGGUAUGAAAGAUCUUAGAGUUCUAGACUUGAGUAAAACUCAACUAUUGCCACUGCCCGAGUCACUUUCUUUGCUUACAAAUCUUAGAACACUGUAUCUUUACUAUUGCAAGUUGGGCGAUUUAUCUAUAAUCGGGCAACUAAGCAACCUAGAAAUUCUUAGUCUUUGUGGUUCUAAUAUUAGGGAGAUACCUAUCUCUUUUAGCAAAUUAAUUCAUUUGAGGCUAUUAGAUUUGAAUCUCUGUCUAAAGCUAAAGCGAAUAGCACAUGGUGUUAUAUCAGCUCUUUGUAAGUUAGAGGAGUUGUACAUUUUCCCAAGUUCUAUGCUUUGGGAUUUUGAAGGAGAUGAGGGGGAUUGGAGAAGCAAUGCCAAGCUUGCUGAGUUACAAUGCUUGUCUGACCUAACUAGGUUGGAAAUUUUUAUCCCAAACCAGGGUCUUUUACCCGAUAAUAACAUGCUGUUCAAAAAGUUAUCGAACUUUACAAUAAUAAUAGGUGAUCCAAAAGUUUUGCAUGUGGAACACUUUCUUAAGAUUAUGAAAAAAUACUCAAGGAAAAUUAUGAUCUCAGGUGGUAAGGUUAUGAUUUCACGAUUGCUUGAUUGCCUUAAGAACUUGAUAAUUGAAAAAACCGAGUUUCUACGUAUCAUCGGUUUGGAAAAUAUGUUUCGUGAACUUGUAGACAGAGGUUUCAAUGAGUUGAGAGGUUUAGCAAUACGUGAUCAGAAUGUAAUGUAUCUCCUAAAUACAUUGGAAGGGGCAUCGAACUUAACAUUCAAAAACUUAGAGGAAUUACAAAUUUGGAACCUUGCCAACUUGAUUGAAAUAUGUCAUGGUGAACCCUCAACCCAGUCCUUCAAUAAGCUAAAAUCUUUAGCUGUGCUUAAGUGUAACAGGUUGUCAAACAUUGUUCCAAGUCAUUUGUUACAGAGGUUUCAAAAUCUGGAAAAUUUUGCAAUAGAUAAUUGUAAAUCAGUGGUACAUAUAUUCGAUUGUGAAGAGCUUAAGGUUGCAAAUGGAGAAACAAAGCUGCUCUCAUCAUUAAAGAAUCUAAAAUUGGAAAAACUGCCAAAGAUGACGAAAAUAUGGAAGGGUGACACUCAAUACAUAAACCUCUGCAACUUGAAUAGAAUAAGUGUGGAAAGAUGCCCAAAGUUAAUUAAACUAUUUUCUCCAGUGUUAUUGCGAAGUCUUAUUAGUUUGGAAGAAAUAGAGAUAAUUGAUUGCAAGAAUUUAGAGGAGAUCUUCAUCUUCGGGAUGAAAGAAGAAGAGGAAUAUGAUGAAAAGGGUAUAGUACCAUGGAGGAAAGAUCACACCACAACCUCCCCAAGUUUGGGAAACUUGACUUCUGUAAUAAUAAUAGGUAGCUCUAAAUUGAAAAACCUUUUUACCCCGUCCAUAGUCAAAAGACUGGUGAAGCUUAAAAGCCUUCGCAUAGUUGGAUGCUCAACACUACAUGAAAUAAUCACAAAUGAGGAAGCAUCAACAAUACAGAGGAUUGUAUUUCCUAGUUUGUCGUCUUUGCACCUUGUAGGUCUAGAUAACAUUGCUUGUUUUAGCUCAGGCUCAUCUUCAAUUGAAUUCCCCGAUUUGGAGUCUGUUUGGAUUUGUGAAUGUCCAAAUAUGAAGAUCUUUGGUUAUGGAGAACAACUGACACCAAAACUCAACAAAGUUAUUAUUGAUUAUCAUGAUGAACAAGAACGAUGGAUGGGUAACCUCAACUCCACAGUGCAACAAUUGUUCAUAGAACAGGAGGGAAGACGGAAACAAUUAGUCAACAACGUAAAUGGUAUGAAUCAUGUUUGA